AUGGACGCUCUUCGCGGAAACCGAAAGGUUCUGCCCAACUACUUGCUCGACGAUUUCGUACCGUCUCCUGACAGCAAAGCUUCCUCCGACCUCGGAUCGCAGCCUCUUACCGCUAGUCAGAGCGCCCAACAGAUCUUCGACAACGGCAACGGGGCGUCGAACGGAUCGACGAAUGCAGGAGACGUCAGCGAUGGGUCGAUCAGUCCCUUUGGCCUCCUGCCCCGCAGGAAGAAAAAGCUCAGGCAAGCUUGUGUCUACUGCCGACGGUCGCACCUCGUCUGCGAAGAGAAGCGGCCUUGCCACCGUUGCGUCAAGCGAGGCAUUGCAGAUCGCUGCGUCGAUCCGCCUCAAGACGGGCAGGCGUCGCAGGACAAUGGCUGGUCGAACGCAGUCGAGACAGGCUCCGUAGCGAGUUCGUCGAAGGAAGCUUUUGUCUCGCCGCCGCCGCAGCAUCCCUCUUCCGUCUCUGCUGCUGGUCGCAGUACUGGCAUGGCGUCAUCACUGUCCGCGCCUGGGGAGCCAAGCGAAGCAGAACGCGGCCAGCAGAGGAAGAGAAAGACGAGAUCGGAUGCUGCCCGAAUAUCGAAAGGCCAGAACCAGCUGUUCAACCAAGAGGACACGCAGCCCGACUACAAGCCACCCCAGGGCGCAGUAGAAUAUGCGACUGCAGAGACGACGUACGCACAAGGACCUCCGCAUCCGAAUGUGCGUGCAAGGACGGAAGGGUCGACGCUGGAGGGUAUGCCGGGGCAAAGCGCGCCUUCGUACACCUCCAUACCGUCGUCAACGCCCAUCCGAGCAAAUUCAGCAACAGCAGCGAGGACCUCGCCGUCACAGCUUCUUCAGGUCCAGCCCAUCUUCCAGCCGCCCUCUUCAGCCGAGCUCGACUCGCUCUUCUCGACGUACUUUUUCGAUGUCGCGGAUGCCUUCCAUCCUCGUCCCAAUGGCGCCCAUCCCCAGGGACCGCCCCCAUCCCAUCCAUCUGGUCACCCGCCAUUGCCCUUCUCGCAGCAGCAAGGGCAUCUCCCACCAGACGGACGCGCCUUUGACGGAAUGCCUCGUGCUGAUUUGCACACCGCACACGGCAUCCGAGUCGGAAGCGCUGUGCCCAUCGGUCCAAGUUCAGACGGUUUCCAGCAGGCGCAUCCGGCCCCGAUGCUGCAGCAGCAGCAACAGCCACGACCGACAAGAUCCACAGGCGUCAGCCAUCCCUUGGCGAUGGCAACGCAGAGCGGCGGUGCCAAUCCAGCCACGCAGCACGCAACACCUCCGCAUAUGCAAAUUCGGACGAUGGACGGGAUACCGAGGCAGCAGACGAACCAUCCUCCAGAAAUGUCGGAGGGUAAGGAAUCGCAGCUACGGCAGAGGCCUGGCGAUGUGUACGCGCCCUAUCCAUAUCGAAAAGGCUACGCAUCUCUGAUGCGCUACAUGACCGAGCAGGAUUGGUCGGAACAGUCGAUACGAUCGGUCGAGGCGGCGCUGUCCAAAAUUCGGCAGCUGUGGUUCUCGCUCGAGGAUAACAUCCAGCCAUCGAGCAUGAUCCAGCUGCAGGCAGAAUGGGCGGGCAAUGUCCGCUACUAUUCCGAAUCGGUGAUUCCCUUCACGCCCGUCCCUAUGGUCGUGUGCCGCAAGGCGGGCGAAGUUUACGCCUCGAACCAGCUGGCGCAAGAACUGUGCGGCCGGAGCAGAGAGCAGAUGACGGGCGGAAAGAUUUCGGUGUACGAGCUCAUGACGGAAGCUUCGGCCUCGAUGUUCUUCCGGCUGUACGAGCUCGCCGUCGGCGGCACCCAAGCGGAGGAUGGGACCUACAUUCCGAGCGUUGGUAAGACGGCUCCCCUCUACUGGAACGCCGAAAUUGUUCAAUUGUCUGCGGAUGGCAGCCGCACGGUCAUCCCCGCACGUGGCAUCUUUGAGAUGAAGAUUGCACCGUGCGGGCUGCCAUCUCUGGUGGUAUGCUGCUUCGUGCGGCUGUCAUAA